AUGACAACUGGGACAGUGAAAUUUAACGUCGAAGGUACCGCUCAACCCGCCUUCACAUGGUACAGAAUCGUUGGCAACUUGAAGGCGCCCGACAGCAUCCCCUUGAUCAUCCUUCACGGAGGCCCAGGGGCAUGCCACGAUUACCUCCUGCCGCACACAGAUCUCGUCAACCCCAAGCGGCCGCUGCUCUUCUACGACCAGAUUGGAAAUGGGCUGUCAAGCCAUCACCGCGAACUGGCCGGCAACGAGACCUUUUGGUCCGUUCAGCUCUUUGUCGACGAGUUGAACAAUCUCCUCGCCCACCUAGAUCUGCAGGCGAGACCUAUUGACGUCCUCGGCCACUCGUGGGGCGGCAUGCUCGCCGCUGUUUGGGCUGCAACCUCGCCAAAGUCGGCCAAUCUGCGCAGGUUGAUAAUGUCUAGCAGCCUGGCAAGCAUGGAGGCCUGGAGAAAGGGCGUCCAAGCGCUGCGCGAACAGCUCCCUCCCGAGGUCCAAAAGGUCCUAGACGAUGCCGAGGAGACAAAGGAUUUUGACAGCCGUGCCUAUCAGGAUGCAGUGAAGCUGUUCUACAAGCGCCAUCUGAGCCUUGCCCGGCCGUGGCCUGCACCUGAAGUGCAAGCAGCGCUCAAUUGGUUUGCCAACGAUUCCACGACCUACGGGACCAUGUACGGCCCCAGCGAGCUGUACAUCUCCGGGUCGCUGCGCAACUGGACCGUGAUUCCCGACCUGCCGAAGAUCAAGGUGCCCACUCUGCUGCUCAACGGCAGGCAGGACGAGGCCCAGGAUGUGGCGAUGCAGCCCUUUUUCAACAACAUCGACAAGGUCAAGUGGAUCACCUUGGAGCAGGCCGCCCACUUCACUCAUGUCGACCAGCGGAAGCGUCAUAUGCAGGCUGUCAGCGAUUUCCUGGCGGGGUGA